CCUCUCACCGCUUGGCCCGCACCCCGGAAGCAGAUGCGACCUGCGCGGCGCGGGCCGGGUUGCGGUUCCGGGUCGGUCCGCGCAGCUGGCCGCACUCUGCUUGCCGCCGCAGCGCCCUGUCCGCGCGCUUUGAACCUGGGCGGGCCGCGGCCGCUGGGUCGCUCUAGGGGCCACAUGGCUGAGGGGGACACAGGGAGCAGCCAGAAGCAGAAUGAGGAAAUUGAAGCAAUGGCAGCCAUAUAUGGUGAUGAAUGGUGUGUCAUUGAUGACUGCGCCAAAAUAUUCUGUAUUAGAAUUAGCGAUGAUACUGAUGACCCCAAGUGGACAGUUUGCUUGCAGGUGAUGCUACCGAAUGAAUACCCAGGUACAGCUCCACCUAUUUAUCAAUUGAAUGCUCCUUGGCUUGAAGGGCAAGAACGUGCAGAUUUAUCGAAUAGCCUUGAGGAAAUAUAUAUGCAAAAUAUUGGUGAAAGUAUUCUUUACCUGUGGGUGGAGAAAAUAAGAGAUUUUCUAAUACAAAAAUCUCAGAUGAUAGAACCAGGCCCAGACAUAGAGAAGAAAACUGAAAAGGACGAUGUUGAAUGUGAAGAUGAUCUCAUUUUAGCAUGUCAGUUAGAAAAUCCAGAAAUAGAAGAAUUGCCUCUGAUCGAUCAUGGCAUUCCUAUUACAGACCGAAGAAGUACUUUUCAGGCACACUUGGCUCCAGUAGUUUGUCCCAAGCAGGUGAAAAUGGUUCUCGCCAAAUUAUAUGAGAAUAAGAAAAUAGCUAGUGCUACCCACAACGUCUAUGCGUACCGAAUAUAUUGUGAGGAUAAACAGACCUUCUUACAGGACUGUGAGGAUGAUGGGGAAACAGCAGCUGGCGGGCGUCUUCUCCAUCUCAUGGAGAUUUUGAAUGUGAGAAAUGUCAUGGUGGUAGUAUCACGCUGGUUUGGAGGGAUUCUGCUAGGACCUGAUCGCUUUAAACACAUCAACAACUGUGCCAGAAACAUACUCGUGGAGAAGAACUACACAAACUCACCAGAGGAGUCAUCUAAGGCUUUGGGAAAGAACAAAAAAGUAAAAAAAGACAAGAAGAGGAGUGAACAUUAAUACUUGAAAGUAUAUGAAAGGUUAAUUUGCCUAUAAUUACAUAGAAAUUCCACAGUCAUCAAGGAGUGUAUUGUGCAGAGAGAGGAUCCUGGACUGCUCAAGUCAGCCAAUUCAUUGUGGACACCAACGUUAUCUUUUCUUCUUUGGUUAUAUCAUCUGCCAAAAAUAGAGAACUUGUGAUAUAUUCAUGUAUGUUUCAGGCUGAUUCGGAAAAAUUAAUUUGAACUUAAUCACCACUUCAUCUAAUUUUAGGAAGGUAACAGUUGCCCAGGGCAGUACCUGAAUUAACUGUCCAUUUCAGUACAUGUCAAGUGCCUUUGUUAGGUGGAGAAGAAAUGUCUCCAGGGGAAUAUAAAUAUCUGAUUUCUUGUCAUUGGGACUCUCAUUUUGUUAAAUGAAAAUUGCCUUUUACUGCUCUUUAUGGCUUAUUGGAAUAGAGGCUCAUCGAAGAUUGAUCUUGGAGAGUUUCUUCUUGUGAUUUUAGUUCAUAAGUAUGUCGCCUUUCAUUUUAUAGCGUUCAUCACUGAGUAAUGGAUUAAGUGAAAAUCCAGGAGUAUCCAUCUGCAGUUAUGUGCUGAAGUGAUAAUUCAUCUAACAUACUUGUUAGCAUCAGUGUUAUGCCUCAAUUUCUGUCUGCAAAUUGGUGAUAGUGAAAUUGCAAAAAGUGAUUUUCUAGUCUCUACCUUUUUAGUUUAAUUCUUGUAAUGUCAAGCAAUAAAUAUGGAGUGUCAGUAGUCUCCUCCCACCCCUGAAAUGUGUUGGUGUAACACUGUGGUUUCUUCUAACAACCUGGAAGUACUUUCUUGUGAUCUUCACUGAGGAAUCAGAACUACACUAGAAGCUAUGCUGUGGUCAGUGGGACAUUUAUAGAAGGCAUGGAGAUGGCAGAACAACACUGGUGGCGGCCAAGGGUCUGUUGUGUAGUUAUGUAAACGUGAUGCACUAUUCCCAUCUGCGCUCCAGCCUUCCUCGGUUCCAUGACUUUGUGGAGAAAAGGAACAAACGUUUUGAUUGGAAAAACAAAGAAAAUCCCUGUCUUUUUUCCAUUCUUAUCAAAUCUUCCUUUUCAUCAGUGUUUUAUGUUUCUUCUUUCAUCUGCAAGUUGUGUGAUUUAUCUCUAGGCAUCUAGACAAUAAAUUUACCUUUGAUAUAUUAAAAAAACUGUUCCCUUUCAUAUAUGAUUGCAAACAAUUAUUAAAAAUUAUUAAUUGAUCGCAGAUUUGCCUGUGAUUCCCUUCCAAAGGGAAGGAGCAGAAAUUGGAGGCAGCUUAGGAUGGUGCUGGAGCUGGAAAGCCUCAGAGGAAACACAGAUAGAUAGGUUUUUUUGUUCUUUGAUGUUUACCUUUAAAAGAUCCAACAUCCUUAUUUGGUAUUUCUGAUAAGAAUCUAGUCAAUAACGUUACACUAGGAUGGAUUCUGAGAAUUGAAAUCUAAAUUAUAUUUGUUGUAAGUGUGUUUGAUGUUGCCAGUUAUCCAGGGGCAUCAGAGGGUGACCUAUAUGUAUUUAGAACACUUACUUCAGAUUCCAUGAAAAGUUAAUUAAUGCCCUGUGUAUUAACUGUUAAAAUAAUUAAAGAACUUAAAGACCAUUAAUUAGUAUUAAAAUAAUUUGACAAUUUGGGCAUGUCAAACCUGUGAAAGAAGACAUAAAACAGUAAGAAUUUGAUGCUGCAGAAGGGUGGGACUUAAUUUUUCUGUAACACCAAAUUUGAAUUUCUUGCUAUUUAUCUAACAUUUAUUUUGGUCUUCAUAGAAAACAAAAGCACCUUUAUAUCUGUGAUCUCAUUUUCCCCUACUUAAAAAAAUCUUAUUUUUGCUUCUGUCUACGAAAUUAACCACACUUUCCUGACUAAAAACCCUAAUAUCCUUUGCCCAAAGUCAGGUAGUAAAGAGAGAUUCGAAAGUCUCCAAUUCUGGAGCCUGAGUUAUUUCACUUUACAAUUAUGGACUUCUAACCGAUGAUGCUAUCUUUUUUCUGUAUUUACAAUUUCUCUCAAUUAGAGGAUUUUCAAAUUCUCUAAGUAAUUUUCUAUAGCUGGAUCUAUGCUGUGGCGUAUUUAAUAGUAUAUUGUAUUAAUUAAAAAUGUUCUCCAUAUGCCAGUGUAUAAGAGCAAGUAGCAUCUACUCUUUAAGUGGGAAUAGCAGUAUAAUUUGGAGAUAUAUAUCAUGAAACAGCCUCUUUGAAGAGAAUUGUACCAAACUAAUCACAACCAAGAAAGAGUCAUAGGAAGCAGAUGCUGUUUGGAGGGCAGGUGAAAUUUAUUGGGAAAAUUGUAUAAUCACCUCUAAUUCCUAUAUCUAGAGAUAUAACCAUUAUUAACAUUUGAUAUGUACAUCCUGUUUUUUUCUUAUGCAUGAUUUUCAUACAUAUGGUUAUUUUUCUUUCCAUGAAAAAUGUUAUUAAACUGAAUAUACUGUUUUGUAUCCUGCAUAUUUCAUAUAAAAGUAUAUUGUUAACAUUCUCCCAUGUCAAUAAAUAUUCUUC